CUUCAAGCGCUCCAGGCGGGACGGCGAAGAAGAGGCCGUGGCGGGACUGAGGGCAGGUAAUCUUCUCCUUCUCCAAACAAACGGUCACCAUUUCCUGCUGCUUCCAGCUUUGACAGCAGCUAAUGACAGGACCGGCACUAGCAGGGAGUAAGGCUGAGGAUCUGUCCCAACUGCUCCCCGGUGGCCUAGCACCUCUGGGUGCCACCAGCCUUGGUCAACAAGCCCAAAACUGAAAGGAAAUGGAAAGAAUAAUCCAAGAUGACUUGACCGUCUUCAUCCAGUCCCAUAUCCCAGCCGCUGACUUAAGUGGGAUGGAUGAAGUGUUCUUCUCUUACGUGACGAGCGUUCUGGAAGACCUCGGGUCCCCCGAUUCAGCGGAAGAGAACUUUGACAUGGACACUUUCGUUGAAAUGAUGGAAGCCUAUGUCCCGGGCUUUGCAGACAUCAACAGUGGUCAAGUUUGUGAAAUGAUGUUUUCCCUCUCGGAAAGACUCCGCAAAGCUCACAACAAACAAACCACUCCUCAGAACCCUGUGCAGAACAGGAGCUGUUUGCCUUCUGAAGCACUGAUCACCACAAAGAAAGAGGGCGCGGGCACCUCUGAAGAUGACAGGCUGUCAUAUUCACCAGUAGGGGGAGCUCUGGCUCAGGAAUCUGGAGGUGAACUGGUCAGUGCUGUGGACAUGAUGCUGGAGAUGUUCCCAGCAUGCACUGUGAGCCAAGCCAGGAAGGCUUUGGGCAUGGCCCUGGGUAAUCUGGAAGAGGCAGCCCAGCUGCUCCUGGAGGAGAAGAUACAGUUUGACUCUGCAGGCCCUACUGCACAGGACAUUUCGAGACCUGAAAAGUCACCCAAGCAAGAUGACUGCAAGCAAUUUAUCUUACAGAAGUACAUGAUGGUAGACAGCGAAGAGGAUCAGAAGACGCACAAGCCGGCCCCACCAAAGGAGGCUCCCAAGAAAUUGAUUCGCUACAUUGAUAACCAGGUAGUCAGCACCAAAGGGGAGCGAUACAAGGACAUCAAGAAGCCAGAGAGUGAAGAGAUGAAGAGAACUUACAUCAACCUCAAACCAGCCAGAAAGUAUAAAUUCCACUGA